AUGUCUGAAACUGAAGUACCAAAUAAUAUUGAAAAUGAAGAAUCAAAUUUAGUUACAAGUACUGAAGAGCCAGCUAUAGACAUGAGCAAUGAAAUUAUUCAGAGAGAAGAAUCUGAUGCUCCCAAAUUAGUUCUCCCGGAAGGUAUGUGUCUAUGUCCUUGCUAUUUACUUGCUCAGCUGAGUUUGACUACGACUACACCGUCCUCUGCUAUUGAAAAACCAACAGGCUUCGAUAAUAAUACUGAUUUAAAAGAAGUUGAGUCACUGUCAUUAGAUGAUAUUCAUUCAGAAACUACAAAGGAGCCAGAGCUUACGCCAAAGAAUGAUGAAGGUUUAACGCUAAAAGAAGAAGAAAAUACGGAAUCAAAGGAGGAACAAGAAUUGGAAAAUACAACAACUAAUACGGAAUCUCCAGAAAUACUGCAGACAGCAAUAGUACCAACGACUAGUCCACCGUUAUACACAACUACAGAAACUCCAGUACUUACAACAGCACCUCCAGAAGAAAGAAUACAGGAGAUCGUAGAAGAACCUCCACAACGGAAGCUACAACCACAACGACAGAAGCUACAACAACAACAGAAAUGCCAACAACCACAACAGAAACGACAACUACGGAAGCUACAACGACAGCAACGGAAGCUACAACAACUACAACAGAACCUACAACGACAACAACGGAAGCUACAACAACUACAACAGAACCUACAACUACAACUGAAGCUACAACGACAACAGAAGUGCCAACAAAAACAACAGAAGCUACAACAACUACAACGGAAGCUACAACUACUACAACGGAAGCUACAACGACUACAACAGAACCUACAACUACAACUGAAGCUACAACGACAACAGAAGUGCCAACAAAAACAACGGAAGCUACAACAACUACAACGGAAGCUACAACGACUACUACAACAGAACCUAACAACUACAACUGAAGCUACAACGACAACAGAAGUGCCAACAACAACAACAGAAGCUACAACAACUACAACAGAACCUACAACUACAACUGAAGCUACAACGACAACAGAAGUUCCAACAACAACAACAGAAGCUACAACAACUACAGCAGAACCUACAACUACAACAGAAGCGACAACGACAACAGAGGCUACUACUGCAACAGAAACGAUAACAACCGAAGCUACAAAUAUAGCCCCUAUGAUGACGUCAACUGAAGCUCCAACAACAAUGAAACCAAACGACAUUGAAUCUACACCACCUACAACAGCAACACCUACAACUGUAAAGACAACAAAAGGUCCUGAAUAUCAGACUGAAACGCCAUCAACACAAACAACUACUAAAACUCCUACAACAACGACUAUAAGACCAACAACUACAAAACCACCAACUACAACUGCUAAGCCGACAAUGAUAACAACAGCUAAACCAGGGCCGAAGACUACAUUAUCGGCUUACGACAAAUAUAAAUCAGGUUCUGGCGUACACAAAAUUCCGUCUCACACAGCCCCACAAGUUCGCACACAACACACACACGAAUCCAGACACGAAUCCAGAUACGAAUCCACACACGAAUCCAGACACGAACCCAGACAUGAAUUAUUCACAAAAUAAAUCCACAUCACGUGACAUUACACACACCAACAUUGUCAGACGAAGGUAAGCCUUAUUUAAAUUUUUCAGACAGGUUUAUAAUUUUGUAUCAUAAAACCAUUACCAUUAUACAUACUACUGCAAGUCCAGUAUUGAUUUUGAGAUACAAACGUGAACUUAAAACUGUCGUAACGGCUUUAAAAUAGAUUAGAUACGUCAGGCCGUAACGCACCUGUGACAUUGUGUUUUAGUUUUUUUUUUUACUAUAAAACUUAUUUAAUUCAAUUUAAUGUGUUAUAAAAUUGUUCAGUACUGUAAAAAGAACAGUUUCUUGUUGACUAAUCAUUGUACGAUAUUGCAACCCGUGGUAACACUACCAAUACUUGCCACGGCAGCCCACUCA